CUACUACGCUUGAACCCCACUUAUAAGAUAUAUACAUAGUAAGGUACAGUACUUUUAUGGAUCCUAGAAUAAGACAAGCCUAUAGGACAUUACUAUAUAUGGGGAAGGAAUAUCCUCAGAAGUCGGGAGGUUAUGAUAAAUUUAGGCGUGUUUUGAAGUUGAAUUUCCAAAGUACAAAGGUUGAGAAUGAAUCUGAAUUAGUACAAGCAUUAGAGAAGGUGGAGUAUAUAAAGAAAGAGUUAGAAAGUUUGUAUUCUUUAACUAGAUAUAGACAUCUCAAGCGAGUGUAUGAAUGAAUAUAUUCGAUUUCAAUAGUAAUAGUAUAGGACAGUGUAAUAUAGUGUAUAGUGUACGAU